AUGGCCUCCAGUACAAACAGUCCGCAGCAGCGUAUGGCACGGGCACGGGUCGGCAGCCUACCUAGCACGCGCUUGGGUAGCAGGUCGCCUAGUGGUAACGUACACAUGUGUACCACGGACAAUGCGAUCAAUGUCAAGAAAGCGAAUGCACUUGGCCCAGGGGCCAUUGUUCUGCAAGCAGCCUGUGAAGGAUCUACUACCCUCGAAUGUGACAACCUCGAUCCCCACGCUUCAUUGACAAUCGCCACCUGCGUCAUGGCAGUGGACUUCUUGUCCGGUCAACCACGUCCCCACUUCCUAAUUGUUCACUGCCAGCCUUGGCCUGACGAGGUCGUACGAACCGUCUGUAUGGCAGUUUCUCGACAACCGCAGCCAUCAGCCAUUGGUCUAGGGCCGCAGAGAACAACAGGAUUGCACGUCUCUUCCUGGUCCCGACUUUACCAUUGA